AUGGAUUCAUGUUUUCGUCUUUUCUCUUGUAUAAGUGUGUCAAACAUUUUUUUUUUCCCUUCGCUGUUUCUUCUACCUCGUUCUCUGUUUUCUCACCGUGUCUUUCUACCCACUGUCAUUUUUCUCUCAUUUUCUUCAACGUACACGCACAGAAAUCUCUACCUGCCCGGGCAGACCAACACCAGUCUCAAUCUUAAGGCUGCCAUGGACACACCCCCUUGCUCGGGACCCAGCCACUUCUUUCUGAUAUCUAUCUCUCUGUUCACAUCUAUCUAUCUAUCUAUCUAUCUAUCUAUCUAUCUAUCUAUCUAUCUAUCUAUCUAUCUUAGUAGUGCUCAUAUCUAUCUAUCUGUUCACAUCUAUCUAUCUAUCUAUCUAUCUAUCUAUCUAUCUAUCUAUCUAUCUUAUAGUGCUCAUAUCUAUCUGUUCACAUCUAUCUAUCUAUCUAUCUUAGUAGUGCUCAUAUCUAUCUAUCUGUUCACAUCUAUCUAUCUAUCUAUCUAUCUUAGUAGUGCUCAUAUCUAUCUAUCUUGCUCAUAUCUAUCUAUCUGUUCACAUCUAUCUAUCUAUCUAUCUAUCUUCUAUCUUAGUAGUGCUAUCUGUUCAUUCAUCUAUCUAUCUUGCUUAUCUAUCUAUCUGUUCACAUCUAUCUAUCUAUCUAUCUAUCUUAUAGUGCUAUCUAUCUAUCUGUUCACAUCUAUCUAUCUAUCUAUCUAUCUUAGUAGUGCUCAUAUCUAUCUAUCUGUUCACAUCUAUCUAUCUAUCUAUCUUAGUAGUGCUCAUAUCUAUCUAUCUGUUCACAUCUAUCUAUCUAUCUAUCUAUCUAUCUAUCUAUCUAUCUAUCUAUCUAUCUAUCUAUCUAUCCCAGUCGUGCUCAUAUCUAUUUGUCCACAUCUAAUACUGCUCAUAUCUAUCUAUCUAUCUAUCUAUCUAUCUAUCUAUCUAUCUAUCUAUCUCAAUACGGAUAUCUAA